GGCGCUCCCCUAGCCGCGCAGUGCGCGAAACCGGCGUGCGCUAGGACCGCGGCGCGCCGCCCUCCGCCGUUAUAUGAGGCCCCGCUCCGGCCCCACGCGGAACCCGCGGCUCCGAGCUUUCGCCGGCGUCCCGACCCGAGGCCGGACCCGAGGCCAGUCCCGCCGCUGCGCAGCCGAAGCCAGUGCGGGGCCUGAGAGGGACGCGCGCCCCGGGGCCCCCGCCGCGGGCACCAUGGGCGCUGCCCACUCCGCGUCUGAGGAGGUGCGGGAGCUCGAGGGCAAGACCGGCUUCUCAUCGGAUCAGAUCGAGCAGCUCCAUCGGAGAUUUAAGCAGCUGAGUGGAGAUCAGCCUACCAUUCGCAAGGAGAACUUCAACAAUGUCCCGGACCUGGAGCUCAACCCCAUCCGAUCCAAAAUUGUUCGUGCCUUCUUCGACAACAGGAACCUGCGCAAGGGACCCAGUGGCCUGGCUGAUGAGAUCAAUUUCGAGGACUUCCUGACCAUCAUGUCCUACUUCCGGCCCAUCGACACCACCAUGGACGAGGAACAGGUGGAGCUGUCCCGGAAGGAGAAGCUGAGAUUUCUGUUCCACAUGUACGACUCGGACAGCGACGGCCGCAUCACUCUGGAAGAAUAUCGAAAUGUGGUCGAGGAGCUGCUGUCGGGAAACCCUCACAUCGAGAAGGAGUCCGCUCGCUCCAUCGCCGACGGGGCCAUGAUGGAGGCGGCCAGCGUGUGCAUGGGGCAGAUGGAGCCUGAUCAGGUGUACGAGGGGAUCACCUUCGAGGACUUCCUGAAGGUGGGUGGCCUGGGCGUGGGAGCCUCGGGGGACGCUUGAAGACCUCGUGUGGCCCACUGAUCUGGCAGGGGAUCGACAUUGAGACCAAGAUGCACGUCCGCUUCCUUAACAUGGAAACCAUGGCCCUCUGCCACUGACCCGCCGCCGCCUCCGCGGAGAAACUGCACUUUGCAAUGGGGCCGCCUCCCCGUGUAGCUGGAGCAGCCCAGGCCCGGCGGACAGCCUCUUCCUGCAGCGCCGGUACAUAGCCAAGGCUCGUCUGCGCACCUUGUGUCUUGUAGGGUAUGGUAUGUGGGACUUCGCUGUUUUUAUCUCCAAUAAAAAAAAAAAAAGGUUUGUUAA